AUGGCGUCACAGAAAUUAUCAAUGCCCUCGAUUUCUUCGAGCUCCGAUGCGAGCCGCGAUUCCGACGCGGCCGUAGCGUCAAAGCCGAAGCCUUGCUGCGUCUGCAAAGAUGAAAAAUCUAAGCGCGACGAAUGCAUGUUAUUUUCCAAGGCAUCGGAUCCUGCAAGCGAUUGCAAGACGACUGUCCAGCAGUACAAGAGCUGCAUGGCCGGGUUCGGCUUUCAGGUGUAA